AGUUCAUGUAGGUUCGCUAAAGACUACUCUUUGGACAAGUUGAUAUCAAGUUCAGACGAAAGACAUUCAUUCAUCAAUGAUGUAUUGUAUUGGGAAGGAAAUUUCCAUCAACACCUUAUUGGAGUCAAUACACUAUCUGGAUAUACUUAUGAUGGUCACGCAAUCAAUUAUACAACUGGUGAACUUGCUGCACCUUUGCAUAAUUUCAGUGCACCAUCAAAGGAGUCAAUACAUCUUGGAAUGUUGGCAUUGGCCUUGUUAGACAAGACGUCAACAGGCUUUGAUGCAUCAAUAUUCUUUCACGUCCCACUCAAUGGAACCAGUGGCGGUGGCAGUCCAUUGGACAACAUCAUCACCAUCCUCACCAACAAGAUCACCACCUACGAGGCAUUCAACAAGCAGUUCCCAGGAUAUGGUGGCUUCAUGCCUUGGGUUGGAGUGAAUGACACUGGUGUCUACCCUUUGCCCGGUGCAUGGUCGAUCAGUGUACCAGGUCUGGACAAUGGUGAGAUGAUCUGGGGUAUGUAUGCGGUAGUCCAAGCACUUGAAAUGAAGGCUGCUUCCAGCGCUGGUUCAUCAUCACAAUCAGUGUAUACUGAGUUGGCUCAGAGAUACCAAGCCUACCUUGACCUUCUGGCCAACAAUGCCAAGAUGAUCUUCUACACUCAACCCGGCUACAUCAACUCUGUCACACACAUCAAUGACAUCUACUCUCAGCCAACUCCAUCAAACUAUGCCAACAAUUGCAAUUGCUUCCUUGAUGACCCAUAUGAGGGCGAGAUGUUGACUGUGUUCAUGGACCUGUUCUGUGAAUGGGCCAAUGACACUGAACGUGACCAAUUAUGGGUCAACAAGAGACCGUUGCUGCAGAGCACUACUUUCCAGGCACCAGAGGGCGAGAUAACAGUGCAGCGAGGAUGGUGGUUCUCCAGCCAUGAGCAAUGGAAGUACUUGAUGCUUCCCUAUCAAGACGUGGACAUCAACCGACGUGUGUUUGAGAAUGGCGAGCGUGCAAGAACAUCAUUCUCCUCAAUGCAUGGAUAUCCUGGACUGUUUGCAUCAUGCAACAACAUCUCAUCAGUAGACUCUUAUGUGUACAACUACUUCUCGGCCAAUGGAAUCCAAGAGAUUGCAUUCGAGACUGUGUUGUCCAAUGAUGUGAUGACUCCAUAUGGUUCAUUCCCACUAUUCCUCGUGCAAGACGUUGAUCUCUUACAUGGAACUGCAUGGUAUUACAACAUGAUCAGUGCGCCAGCCAUGCAGAACCAAUACGGUUCCACUGAAGCCGGUAACAAUCAAGGAAGUGAGAUAAGUCCACUCGUCACAUGGGAUUCAAAGAGU